UCCUGUACUGUAGAACAUAAAUAGCUGUGUGAUGCUUUUCUCUCUUUUUUCUCUCCCCCAGCUACGUCAGCCUCCCGUUAAACGUCUGCGGCUCAGAGGGGAUUGGUCAGAUACUGGGCCAAGAGCAAGGCCUGAGAGUGAGAGAGAAAGAGAUGGGGAGCAGAGUCCCAAUGUCUCUCUGAUGCAGAGGAUGUCAGAUAUGCUGUCAAGGUGGUUUGAAGAAGCCAGUGAAGUUGCACAGAGCAAUCGAGGACGAGGAAGAUCACGGUCCAGAGGUGGGACUAAUCGGACUGAUGCUCCUUCUACUAAUAACAUGGCACCUAGUAGAGAAUCAGAAACUGCAAUGGAAGUAGAUGGUUCUGAACAGCUUCCAUCAUCUUCCUCUUCUACCAUGUCAGCUCAAGCUCCUUCAACAUCAUCUUCGACAGAAAGUCCCCCUUCAACUUCAUUACUGUCCUCUCCUGAUAAUGAACAAAGGCCUUCUUAUGGGGCCUCAACUCAGCCUGUGCUGCAUCAGUCUGAGUUAAUGGGACCCGAGUUAGCAAUAAUCCGUAGGGGCCUGCAGCGACUGCGGCUUAAGAAGGCAGAGCAGCAGAGACAGCGAGAGCUGGCUGAGGGUUCUGCACCACAGCCCUCCUCUUCUGAGCAGGCCACCCCCAAGGGCUCCUCACAGGACCCUCAGGCAGCAGAUUCUCCUUCUUCAGUGGUUAACAAACAGCUUGGAUCCAUGUCACUUGAUGAGCCACAGGAAAGUGAUAAGACACGAACAGGAACAGGUGAACCAGUUUUAAGUUUGCACUACAGUACAGAAGGAACGACUACAAGCACAAUAAAACUGGACUUCACUGAUGAGUGGAGCAGCAUAAAUUCAAGCUCUAGAGGGAGUGGAAGUCAUUGCAAAACGGAAGGCCAAGAAGACUCUGUAAAAACAAAAGCUUUGGAUGAGUCAGGGCCAGAUGGGGAAGAAACAAGGGUUCCUGAUGAAUCUCUUAAGGAAGAUGCAACUGCUGAAGAGCUGAAAAAUACAGAUGAAGCUGCAGAGACAACAGAAGCAACAGUAUCAGAUAAACCUGCUCCUGAGCACUCCGGAAUUCAACCAGAAAAAAAAGGCCCCAGUGCUGAUGCUGUGUCUGGGAAUGCAGAGGAAGAAGCCUCCUGUGAACAGGGUGCAAACCAAGACAUUUGCAGCCAGAGCACUGUCCCCAGUGCCAGCACCCCUCUGGGCAGCGAGGAGCCCCAGUCGCAGCCGGAAUCCUCGGGGCUGGCGGCUGCGGACGAGGCCUGCACCAGGAGCUCGGCCCUGCAGGAAACCGACGACAGCGAUGACGACCCUGUCCUCAUCCCGGGGGCCAGGUACCGAGGAGGCCCUGGGCACAGAUAUAAUAUCAGAGGAACAGCGAUAGGUGAUAGAAUAAUGAGACGAUCCGCUGUGGCCCGCAUCCAGGAGCUCUUCAGGAGGAGGAAGGAGAGGAAGGAGAUGGAGGAGCUGGAAACGCUGAACAUCAGGCGGCCCCUGAUCAAGAUGGUUUACAAAGGUCACCGCAACUCCCGCACCAUGAUAAAGGAAGCCAACUUUUGGGGAUCCAACUUUGUCAUGAGUGGCUCAGACUGUGGCCACAUUUUCAUCUGGGACCGCCACACUGCUGAGCACCUCAUGCUGCUGGAGGCUGACAACCACGUGGUGAACUGCCUGCAGCCUCACCCCUUUGACCCCAUUCUGGCCUCUUCGGGUAUUGAUUAUGAUAUAAAAAUUUGGUCACCACUGGAAGAAUCCAAGAUUUUUAACAGAAAACUUGCAGAUGAGGUUAUAACCCGCAAUGAAUUAAUGCUGGAAGAGACCAGAAACACCAUCACUGUUCCAGCUUCCUUCAUGCUCCGAAUGUUGGCUUCCUUGAAUCACAUAAGAGCAGACCGAUUGGAAGGUGACAGAUCAGAAGGAUCUGGCCAGGAGAAUGAAAAUGAAGAUGAAGAGUAACCAACAGUUGUGUGUGAGCACCUGGAAGUCAAUGAAAUUUGUAUAAGACAUUAAUUAUAUUUUUCCUUACAGAGCUUUAGUGCAAUUCUGAGGUAUUGCUUUUGGAUAACCUAACCUUUUGUUUUUUUGAACGACUGUGUGCAUGACUUGGGGAGAGUGUGCAAGUUAAAAUAAAAAAAAAUGUUUUUAAAAUGUUUUGCCAUGUAUGAGGGGUGCUAGAAGAUGCCAAGUGCAAUAUUUUCCUUAAACAGCAAAUGUGAGAGCUUGGAUCAAUGUUUUAAAGUAACUUUCAUGAUAGUAAAAACGUUGGUUCAAAUAAAUUUCUAUACCUGCUGUUUGCAUGUUUGUUGCUUUCUAAUUAAAAGAUUUGGUUGUUUUAA